ACGAAAAACCCCGAAUUUUUUUUCUUCUAAAAACCCAAAAACCCUUUUCUUCGUCUUGUUGUUCUUGCUAGUUCAAACAGUGAAAUUGCAGUGAACAUGAGAUGGCUGCCUCCAUUUCCAAAACAUUGACCAGAAACAUUCGAUUUAUUACCACUUCUUCUUCUGCCCCUUCAUUACCUCGUUUCUUCUCCACUUCUACUGCAUCUGCUGUUUCCGCCAUUGAUGACCCCACCAUUCCUCAACCUCAACCUCAUCAUCAAGGAAAGCAGCAAAGAGGAAUAUGGUCGAAGAUGUUUCUCUUUCUUCCUGGGGCUAUUACUUUUGGUCUUGGCAGUUGGCAGAUUAUCAGACGACAGGACAAGAUCAAAACGUUGGAUUACAGAAGAGAAAGGUUGGCAAUGGAGCCAAUUGAGUUUAAUGACAUAGCUUCUGGUGAGAAAUCAGAUACUUUGGAGUUUCGGAGGGUGGUCUGCAGAGGACCUUUUGACGAGAAGAAGUCAAUAUAUGUAGGCCCACGAUCCAGAAGUAUAUCAGGAGUUACAGAAAAUGGAUACUAUAUUAUUACACCACUUGUGCCUAUUUUUGGCAAUCUGGAUAGCGUUCAGUCCCCAGUUUUAGUGAAUAGGGGAUGGGUCCCACGCAGCUGGAGGGACAAGGCACUGGAAUCUUCUCAAGGUCUUGAAGAAGAUAAAGAUGCACCCAACACUGCUUCAUCAUCUGGUGAAAUUCGUUCAUUCUGGAGAUUUUGGUCUAAGAAGCCCCAAACAACUGAGGAACCAGCUCCAUCUGUCACCCAUGUGGAAGUAAUUGGUGUGAUUCGUGGGAGUGAAAAACCAAGCAUUUUUGUUCCAGAAAAUGAUCCUGCCUCUGGUCAGUGGUUUUUUGUUGAUGUUCCUGCUAUUGCCAAUGCAUCAGGCCUUCCUCAGAAUACAGUCUAUAUUGAAGACAUUAAUGAUAAUGUUAGCGCAAGCAAUCCAUAUCCUAUUCCAAAGGAUGCUAGUACCUUAAUUCGCAGCUCAGUCAUGCCGCAAGACCAUCUAAAUUACACAUUGACAUGGUAUUCUCUAUCAGCUGCUGUGACAUACAUGGCUUACAAGAGAUUGAAGCCAAGAAAAAUCCGGAGAUAGUAUUUAAUUUAUAAAAGUCCUAGGAAUUCCCUGUUUAUUUCAUGACCGUGCUAGAGAAUACUGAAGAUCAGGUGCUGUCUACCAAAUACUGACAUCUUUUGUCAUCAUGUCAGAGGACGUGUUUCACUGUUAUAAGAUAUUCUGGUAUAUACAAGCAGCAGAUGAGAUAUUGAUUUUGCAAACAAAACUUUGAGAAUUUGAAACCUUGCUAGAAAUUUUGGAAUUUAAACAUUGGAACAGAUGAGUUCGUUUUUCAAAUCACAGAUUCACAGAACACUGAUGUACAAGCUGCUAUACAAGUCCAGGGUAUCAGGCAUUGAUCUUUUCAGAUUCCGUAAGUGCUCAAGACCAAUAUUAGAGGGUGAUGUUACAAGAAUGAUUUGAGUUGACUGAAUAUCAACAUAUCAUUGCCAGACAUCCAAUAAAGAAAACUCUUUGCUUCAGUCACAAUGCAGCUUGUAUUUUGACUUAAUACAUUGUAAUUUUUGUACGGAGUAUUAUUUUUGCUCUAUAUAUUUUUGGUUAUUUUUGACAAUUCCUCAUCUCACAUGCUUCAUUACAUUAAAUGAACUUGCAAACAUUAAAUAUGGAGCAAUAAGAGGUUAAAGAGUGCAAAUUUUGUAGAAGCCAGUAAUUCACAAACAAUACCAACAAUGUUUGAAGUCUAGGGUUUGAAUCAUGACAAGUGAUGAUGCCUCUGGGUAGGGAUGGUGAUGGGGCGGGUCGGA